AUGGUAGCAACAGUUGCUCUCGGUUGUCUUGCUCGCAGCCGAAGAGAUUCUGCAGCUGAUAAAGUUUUAAAGCUCCAGGCAUUUUGGGCACCUUUCCUUCUGCUGCACCUUGGUGGCCCCGAUACUAUCACGGCUUACUCCUUAAAUGAUAAUGAGUUUUGGCUAAGGCACUUUCUUCAAUUUGUGUUCCAAGUUGGAGUAGCAUUUUAUGUCUUCACACCAUCCUGGAAAAAUAAAGAUGCCUUCAGAUUUAUAGCCAUUCCAGUGUUUAUCGCUGGAAUGAUUAAGUAUGCAGAGAGAAUUGUAGUGCUCCACUCUUCAAGCGCCAAGAAAUUUAAAGAUUCCUUGCGUUCACCUCCUGAAUUUGAUGAGAAUCCUUCAAACCUCGAGGACAGAGAAGAAGAGUAUGAAAAGAAGCAAACUGAAGAGGUAAAUAAUUACCUCAUUGAAGCUGUAUCCUUGUUCAAAAAAUUCAGGUGUCUCUAUGCUGAUUUAAUUCUCGAUCAUGAUGAAAGAAAAGAAAGUUACUCUCUUCUCAGCAAGAAGCCACCAAAAGAAGCCUUCAAAUUGGUAGCAAUUGAGCUUGGAUUCAUGUAUGAUGUGCUCUACACAAAGACAACAACAAUUUAUUCCGUGCUUGGUAUCAUUCUCCGUUGCAUCUGUUUGUUCUCCCAUAUUCUUGUAUUAGUUAUCUUCUUAAUCAUUAUUGAUAAGUCUUCCUAUUCACCAAGUGACAUCUCCAUAACUUAUGUACUAUUAGUUGGAGCUAUCUUUCUGGAGGUUUAUGCAUUCAUCGUGCUUCUUUUCUCUGACUGGACAAAAUAUUGGUUGACCAAGAGUAAUUAUAUGUCCAUUGAUACAUGCUCUAAUGGUUUACUCUUCAACGACAACAGAAGGUGGUCAGGAUCCAUGGGUCAGUACAAUCUAUUAAGUUUUUCUCUUUCAGAGGCCAAAUCAGCCACAUCAUUGAUUGUUGGAAUUCAGAAGCUAUUUGGAAUCCAAGAACUAAUAGAAAAGUAUAAAUAUUUGACUUUGAAAGAAGUGGAUGAUGAUUUAUUAAAAGCGAUCUUCAUCCAACUCCUUGAGAAAAGCCAAGAAAUUGAAGGGGAUCUUUUUGAUAUGAAGAAAUGCAAAGAACUGCUGGGUCGGAGAGGAGAUUAUGUGCUUAGCAAAAGGUCUUUUAGUAAUGAAUUUCGUUGGAGCACAGUUGAGGUGGAAUUUGAUAACAGUCUUCUUCUUUGGCACAUCGCUACUGAUCUUUGUUAUUACGAUGAUUUCUGUAACCUUCCAGAGGGUCAUGAACUUCCACCAAAAUGCAAAAUUAGCAAAUGGUUAUCAGAUUAUCUGUUGUAUCUUUUAGUCAUAUGUCCAACCAUGUUGCCCAAAGGGGUUGGUGAGAUAAGAUAUAAAGACACUUGCCUAGAAGCCAUCAGAUUUUUCAGAAAACAAAAGUUUGGUUCAUCCACUGAAAUCAGUACAGUUUGCAAUUCUUUACUUGAUGAAUCAGCACUGGAUCUAAACAUUAUGAAUAAAGGAAGUUCUCUGUCGGUUUUAGUUCACGGAUGUAAGCUCGCCAAGCAAUUGCAGGCUUUGAACAGAGGUGUUGAUGGGAGGAAUAGUAAAUGGGAGGUGAUAAGUGAAGUGUGGAUGGAAAUGUUGGGACAUACUGCAAGUCAUUGUGGAUGGAAAGAGCAUGGAGAACAACUUGUGAAUGGUGGAGACCCAUCCACCAGCAUUGGAGAACUAAGCUUUUUGAAGGAUUCCAGUCUUGGUCCCUCAUCUGCUGCAACUACUUCUGCCUCUGCUGCAACUUCUUCUGCCUCUGCUGCCGCUUGUGCUGCGAGUGCUGCGGGUGCUGCCGCCACCGACUCGGUGAUUUUUAUUCAUAAACAAAUAUUGGAAUAUCUUUUAUUUUUUUGCAUAUACUGGGUUCCGGCUGCUACAACUACUGCUGCUGCCGCUGCUUCAUUAUGCGGUUUAAAGAAAAAUUCCUGA